AUGGGGAACAUUGUUAAGGCCGGUACUGCCAAGGCAGUGUUAGGAAAACUGGGGCAUGUUACAUCUGACACAGCCCAGGAACACAAGGAAUACUGUACUGCAAAUGGCAGGUACCAUACACUUGAUCCUGAAGGCCCUGCCUACCUUAACCAGCAGGCUGGAUGCCUGCAGGAGUACCUGCAGAGGAAAAUGCUUGGCGCUGAGGGCACGAUGCAUGCAGCUCCUUGUUUGUCAGACUGUGAUCCAGAUGAUCCUAUACCUCCACCAGAAUCUCUCCCACUGCACCCAUUGGCUCAGUCUGUUGUGGUGUGGCGACAGGAGGUAACUUUUAAACCUGCUUUGUUAGGUAAUAAUAACGAUGGCAUUGAAAGUCGGAAUGGCACUGCAAGUGCUCUUUUGCACAUAGAUGAGUCAGCGGGACUUGGGAGACUGGCAAAGCAAAAACCAAAGAAGAAAAGGAGACCUGAGUCCAGGCAGUAUCAAACAGCAAUAAUCAUUGGCCCCGAUGGUCAUCCACUGACAGUCUAUCCCUGCAUGAUUUGUGGAAAGAAAUUUAAAUCUAGAGGUUUCUUGAAAAGGCACAUGAAAAACCACCCGGAGCACCUUCUUACGAAGAAAAAGUACAGAUGCACAGACUGCGAUUACACUACGAAUAAAAAAAUAAGUUUACAUAACCACUUGGAGAGUCAUAAGCUGACCAACAAAACAGAAAAGCUUAUUGAGCGUGAUGAGUGUGGGAAAAGCUUCUCUCACGCGGGAGCGUUAUUUGCGCACAAGAUGGUGCACAGGGACAAAGGAGUGAAUAAAAUGCACAAGUGCAAAUUCUGCGACUAUGAGACAGCAGAACAAGGAUUGCUAAGUCAUCACCUUUUAGCUGUUCACAGCAAGAACUUUCCUCAUAUUUGCGUGGAGUGUGGCAAGGGAUUUCGUCAUCCGUCGGAGCUGAAGAAGCACAUGCGAAUCCACACUGGUGAGAAACCCUACCAGUGCCAAUAUUGUGAAUACCGAUCUGCCGACUCUUCUAACUUGAAAACUCAUGUAAAGACUAAACAUAGCAAGGAAACGUCGUCCAAGUGUGAUAUUUGUUUCCAGACUUUUUCAGAUACCAAAGAGCUACAGCAGCAUACACUUAUGCAUCAAGAGAGCAAAACACAUCAGUGUUUGCAUUGUGACCAUAAGAGCUCAAACUCGAGUGAUCUGAAACGACAUAUAAUUUCAGUCCACACAAAAGACUAUCCCCAUAAGUGUGAUAUGUGUGAUAAAGGCUUUCACCGGCCUUCGGAACUGAAAAAACACGUGGCGGCUCACAAGGGUAAAAAAUUACACCAAUGCAGACAUUGUGACUUUAAGAUUGCGGAUCCGUUUAUUCUGAGUCGCCACAUACUCUCAGUUCACACAAAGGAUCUUCCAUUCAGGUGCAAGAGAUGUAGGAAGGGCUUUAGGCAACAAAAUGAGCUGAAAAAACACAUGAAAACACACAGUGGCAGGAAAGUUUAUCAAUGUGAGUACUGUGAGUAUAGCACUACAGAUGCCUCAGGCUUCAAACGGCAUGUUAUUUCCAUUCAUACAAAAGACUACCCUCACCGUUGUGAGUAUUGCAAGAAGGGUUUCCGAAGGCCUUCAGAGAAGAACCAGCACAUUAUGCGGCAUCAUAAAGAUGUUGGGCUGCCUUAAAGUCUCUUUCACAGACUUACGGCUGGAAUUGCAAAGGAAUUUUGCCUUUCGGGCAGUUAGCUUAUUUUAAAGCCAAUCACCUGCGAUCACACACACACACACACACACACACACACACACACACACACACAC